UUUAGUCAACUUUUUUGGCAUUAAACCCAACACAUAGCAACCAUGGCUGUUCCCUUCAAGUACCAUGCCCGUGCGCAAUCCACCUUUGAGCCUCCUCUCAUCGCCAACGAGAAUGCUUUUCUUGGUGAUGUUGACUCGAGCGACAGCUACAACCCCGAGAAGCCCAUGUCGGCCGGGUUCUACCGUCUCGAGAAGGGCACCCCGCUCGUUUACGAAUACACCUACGAUGAGAUGAAGAUCAUCCUGGAAGGGAAAUUCGAGAUCUCGGACGAGACCGGGCAGAAGGUUACUGCUAUCCCUGGCGACGUGUUUCAUUUCCCCAAGGGAACCAAGGUCACUUUCACAACGCCGUCGUACGGAUUGGCUUUCUACACGGGACAACGGGCCAAGGGCGCUGCUUAAGGCGGGAAACGGCAAUGAUGUAAUUAAACUCGAUUGAGGGGGAAUGGAUUCCUUGCUGUUAGGGUCCAGCCUUGGCUGACCGCUGAAAAGAAUGUGUGUGCGGUUUGGUGGUGAAGGAGGGGGGCAGAAGCGAUGAACCAUGGUCCAUCGGCCUGGAUCUCCACUGGAUUUGGGGGUUCCUUGGUUGUUUACGGGAGGUAAACAACAAGGUCGGUGUCACCGCCAUUGAUGACGAUGGUGGCUAGGGAGCCCGAAUAUAGAGAUCAUUAUGGAUGGAUAUUGAAUCCGUUGCGAAUGCGAUUGUUUUUGUC